AUGGUUGUGAAUGGUGUGAGUCCUGAGGAAGGAGCAUUGCUUACCAAAGACAUUAGUGAUGUUCUCUUGAACACAGUCCCAAAGAAGAAGAAGGUGAUGGUCUCUGAACAAGUCAGUGCUAUAAUUCAGAACAAGAUUCCAGAGAAGCUACCUGAUCCAGGAAACUUUGUGCUAGAUUGCUCUAUCUCAACAAGCAGGUUUCCUCAUUCUCUUUGUGAUCUAGGUUCCAGUGUAAACUUGAUGCCUCUCUCUGUUGCUGCUAGACUUGGAAUGACUGAUUUCAAGCCAACUAGGAUCUCUCUUAUCAUGGCUGAUCGAUCUAAAAGAAUCCCACAAAGUGUCUUAGAGAAUGUUCCACUUAAAAUUGAAGGUCACUUGAUUCCCACAGACUUUGUGGUUUUGGAAUAUGCUGAAGAACCUAUAGAUCCUCUUAUUUGGGAAGAUCCUUCUUAG